CCACAGUCCCACAGCACACUACACCUCCAGAGUCCCUUUCCCUCCCAAGCAACACACAUCACUCUAUAUCCAAGCUAGAGGAGGAAGAAGAGCUCGUCGGUCGACUGACCAAAAAGCAGCAGCAGCAAGCCAUGGGCAAGGACUGCGGCAACCACCGCGACGACCACCUCCGGAACUGCUGCCGGCGCCUCCUGGCCGUGUUCCUGUUCCUGGCCUUCAUCGUCGCCGUCAUCUCACUGAUCGUCUACCUCGUCCUCCGCCCCACCCACCCGCGCUUCUACCUCCAGGACGCCUCCCUCCGGCAGCUGGACCUCUCCAACGCCUCCAGCCUCCUCUCCACCUCGCUCCAGGUCACCGUCGCCUCCCGCAACCCCAACGACCGCGUCGGCGUCUACUACGACCGCCUCGACGUCUACGCCUCCUACAAGUACCAGCAGAUCACCGUCGCCUCCUCGCUCCCGGCGGUGUACCAGGGCCACGGCGACGUUGACAUCUGGUCGCCGGUGCUCGACGGGCCCAACGUCCCCUUCGCGCCCUACCUCGCCAGCGCCAUCUCCCAGGACUGCCAGGCGGGGUACCUCAUCCUCCAGGUCAAGAUCGACGGCCGCGUCAGGUGGAAGGUCGGCAGCUGGAUCUCCGGCCACUACCACCUCUUCGCCACCUGCCCGGCCUUCCUCGUCACCACCGGCGGCAACGGCGCACCCGGGGCCAGCGGCUUCAAGUUCCAGACAACCACCUACUGCCACGUCGAGGUCUAGUUAAGAUCAAGGCUAGCUCCGGCGAGAGGUAGGCUUCUUCUUGGAGUAGCGUUCGCCUGUGUUGUGUCCAUACUCCAUAGUCAAAGCAGAGGCGCAGAUCGGUGGUAAUAAUAUCACUAUUUAUGUGGGGAUAUAAUACAAAUGUAAAGGAGGGGUGAUGAUUUAGUACCGUUUGCUUAGGGGAAGUUACCACGAUGCUUAUGUGCGUGCCGCCUUCAUUAGCUGCUUACUCUUCUGUUACUGCUACUUCAAAGCUUAUAACAACUGUCAAUAAACCAUUUUUGUGGCA